CAUUUUACGUAUUUAUUUUCUCUUUCCAAUUUCCUUCUGAAAACCCUAAUUUCUCACAUCUGUAAAUCAAUUUCUCCCUAAACUUAACCCACCCGUAGAAAAAAAAAAAAGAAUCCAAAAUUUCUGCUGGUAAUUAUGAGUGUUUUAGGAGAAAUUCAUCCGAAAUUAAGAUUCCUCCAUGGAAGCUUCGAUCUUUCUCUUCACUAAGUUCACUUGUUUUCACUUUGCAAGACUUCUUCUUUCUCUUUUCUUAUUCUUCUGAAUCUUACUUCCUCUGGAUCUCUCUCCUCUUUCUUUCUCUUGUCUGUACUUUUAAACUCAGAAGCUUGAACCUGUCGUGAUCAGAAAGAUUCCGCUGUCCUCUUAAGCUUCUCCUUUACUGUAGGAAUCUCUCCUUACAGAAUCUAAUGGAGGAGAGAGAAGGAACCAGCAACAACAACAACAUCAUAAGCAGCUUUGGUCUGAACCAACAUGUAGCUCCUCCUCCUCCUCCUACUGGUGGUGGUGUCUACCACAUGGACCCACCACGGUCCGAAAACCCUAACCCUUUUCCUGUCGGAUUACCCAACACCACCGCCGCAUCCGCAUCUGCCUCCGUCGCGGCGGCUAAAGCUUCGGAGAAUGCUGCUCCUUCUUUCAGCCUAACAAUGCCGGUGGAGAAUACGUCUUCUGAGCUAAAGAAGAAGAGAGGGAGACCGAGGAAGUAUAACCCCGACGGUUCACUCGCUGUGACACUUUCUCCGAUGCCCAUCUCCUCCUCCGUUCCAUUGACGACGGAGUUUGCUUCUCGGAAACGGGGAAGAGGGCGCGGAAGAGGAAGAGGACGAGGAAGAGGUCGAGGACUUGUAGAGCCGCCCAUCAACAACAACAAUUGGGUCAAGAAUCCUCAGAUGUUCGAAUUCGAGAACAGUUCUCCUGUUGUAAGAACUCCAGAAGUUGUUACUAGUGCAAGUUUUACGCCUCAUGUGCUCACAGUAAAUGCCGGCGAGGAUGUGACGAUGAAGAUAAUGACAUUCUCUCAACAGAGCUCUCGUGCUAUAUGCAUUCUUUCAGCAAACGGUCCCGUUUCUAAUGUUACACUUCGUCAGUCUAUGACAUCUGGUGGUACUCUCACUUAUGAGGGUCAUUUUGAGAUUCUUUCUUUGACGGGUUCGUUUAUACCAAGUGAGACUGGAGGAACCCGAAGCAGAGCUGGAGGGAUGAGUGUGUCUCUUGCAGGACCUGAUGGUCGCGUCUUUGGUGGUGGACUCGCCGGUCUCUUUAUUGCCGCUGGUCCUGUUCAGGUAGUGGUUGGGCGUUUUGUAGCGGGUCAGGAGGAAUCGCAGCAGCAGCAACAGCAGAUGAAGACGCAAAGAAGAGAAAGAUUUGGGAUCCCGACUUCAACACAAGCUUCUAACAUCUCAUUCGGUGGUGGCUCAGCGGAAGAUCCAAAGGCUAGAUAUGGUCUGAACAAGCCUGUUGUUAUUCAGGCACCACCAAUGUCCGCACCACCUGUACCCUUUUCGCAGCAUGAGCCUCAGCCAAGCACUAACGCUGUCCAAGGUUACUACACAAACAACACUGCUGAACAGAUCAGGGAUCUCUUCUCUUCUCUCCCAGGAGAGGAUGAUGAUGAUUUAGAAGGUGAAGAUGGAGAUGAUGGAGAAUUCGGAGACCAUAGCGAAUCUGACACCGAGGUUCCAAGCUGAUGAUUUAGUGAGAGUGAAUGAGACAUGGAUCGCUCUUGAUCUUGACCUCCUGCUUCGUUUUUUUCUUUGGUGCCUUGAGAUUCUUUAAGAGUGUAAUGGGGUUUUUCUCCUGGUUUAGUUGUUUCAUUAAACAGAGAUGCUCACUAAAGAGUUAGGGCUUAUUAAAGGAUGUAAUGUUUAGGGUUCUUUGACUUGUUUUCUUUGUGUCCUUGUUGUAGAAGUGCAAAACUUUUAAGUAUGUGCAAACUCUCAUUUAAUUUACUCUU